AGGAUUUAAAUUUAAACCGCCGGGAGAACGACGCUCCCCUCCUGGUCUCGCAGAUUAUGACUGCUUUCCAGCAAAAAAUUUUAAACUUGAUCAAGUGUUUCAGAAGACAAUGGCAUUUAUUUUCAAGCUCUGAAAGGACUACUGUAUGUGGAGCAGACUGCAUGAUCAUGGCAUUACAACUAUCAAUGGCUGAAGUCAAUAAGCAGAAACAUGGAGAUUUCACAGUAUCACUUAGUGAUUUGUUGGAAACUUGGAAAUACUUGUUAUAUGACAAACUGGGAUUAUCAUAUGAAAACAUGAAAGAACCUGAAAAUUAUGCUGACAUGAAAAAAGCCUAUCAUGCCUUCUUAGCAAGAAGCAGUAUGCUAGAUCUGAUAGAUAUAUAUGAGAAGUGCUAUGGUCUUGGACUUGUAUCUGAAGAUGAAAGCAUAGCUCCUGUACAAUUGUUGGAAUUUAUUUCUGGAAUAGUGAAUGUACAAGAAAACUGUGAUUCUGUUUUUUCUACUCCUUCCACACCAGUCAACAGACAUGGCCAUGAGAAUGUGAAGGUGACAAUCCUGGCAAAGAAAUGUGUUUGUUCAUAUUUAAGCCUGUUGGUGAAUUCUAAGGAUGAUCUGGCAUUGGCUCAUAUUCUGAAUGUUCCUGACAGAGGACUUGAUAGAGAAGCCUUCACUAACCUAAAACAUGCCUCACAGGAGAGGAAAAUGUCCAUUUUCCUGAUGGCAACAUCCUUUAUCCGAACUGUAGAACUUGGAGGAAGAGGCUGUGCAUCUUCAUUAUUUGAUCCUUUAAGAGCUCAUGUAAAGGGAUUAUCAAACUUCAUUAAUUUUAUUGAUAAGCUGCAGGAGAUUCUUGGGGAAAUCUUAAAUCCAAGAAUGGCAGGGGGGCGAAUUCUGUCAACAGUGAAGAUGCAUUUGAUAAAAGGCCGAAGCAAUGGGGAUCCUUUCUGUCAGGCAGUAGAGGAAGUUGUACAAGAUUUGGAUUUGAAGAUUAAAAAUAUUAUCGAUUCACGACAUGAAGCCUUGACUGCCAGCACUACUGGACUUAGUCCAGCACGGCCAAAAUUGCAUUCUGUAAAUCACGGUACUGCGUAUUGUGGCAGAGAUACUGUAAAGGUCUUACUAGUUCUUCUGGAUGAAGAAGCUGUCAAUCCUCCCACCCAGAACAAGCAGAACUAUUAUAUGACAAUGAAAGUGAAUUUGUUUGGUAUCACCUCUGUUUUGACACUCUUCAGAUCUCCAGCACAAUCCAGUGGAUCUUCUCCGAAACCUCUCAGACAACGUAUUCAGAAAUCUAUGAAUGAAAAAAAAAUGACGAUGAAGCAAUCUUCAAUCAAAUCUCAGUUUGCAUGUACAUAUAAAAGUGAGUUCAGUGAAAUAAAUUGUCGGCAUUUCCUCAGCAGUAGCCAAAUUCCAAUGUGCACAAAUCCUGCACCAAAGCAACAAUUAAAAGCUGGAUAUGUCACAGAAGGUAUGAAUUCAUGUCUUGAUGUACCAGUGCUUGGAACUAUUUCUGAAAAUGUUCACCAGACUAGAAGUUAUACAGAAAUGGGAAAGCUCAGUUGUCAGCCAAGAAACAAGAACUCCAAGAAUGAACAGAUGGAUUUGAAUAAUGACAAAGUAAUCUGUGAUAAGGAAAGUGAACCAUCUUUGCAAAAAAUUACUAAAAGAUCUAAGACUUCAAACAGUCCUCAGAAGGAAUUGGACAGCAAAAUUGCUGGAAAAAGAAAACACAGCAAAACUGCAACCAAGAAUAAGUUGAUUGCUGGUCAGGCAAAAUUAUCUCACUUUUUUCGACUGGAAUUUAGCUGAAUUUUCUUCGUCUGCAGUCUCUCUUUCAUGUAUUGAUUCAAUAUUUCGAAUUUCAGUGUCAGCUGGAAAAAGCAUGGUUCUCUUCAGUGCAAGAUAAGGUAGUUGCUUUUUACCCACGUUGAUUGGCAUAACAUGAUUUAAGAAAUCAUGUCUGGAACCUGUGUCCUGUUUUAAGGAAAAACAAGAGUAGCAGUUUAAUUCAGUUGUGUUCACUUCUUAUAUUCCAGUUUUUAUACUUAGCAGUGCAAGUAUUUUAUCUUUCAAGUUGAUAUUUUAAAAGUAAUGACCUGCAUUACAUCUCUGGCUGAAAUGGUUUUAUGGUAAAGAUCAUGAUAAAAUAAUGAGUCUUAUAUUUUGUGAAGUUAAAAACCUGUUGCUUCAUAUAGGGACAUGCUGAAUCACACAAAUAUAGGCUUUUUCCCCCCUUGUUUUCGCUACAUAGAGUUCU